UCUCCCCCUUUCACCUCUGUUCAGACCCUCUUCUUCUUCUUCUUCUUCUUCUGUCCUCUCCUUUUCGCUUCCUCCUCUCUCCCACAAUGCUUUGCGAGCACUCGUUUGGAUCAUGGACCAAAGCGACAAUGAUCUUCAAGGCAGUGAUGGCUCUGGGAUUUUGGGAGGCCCAGAUGUCAGAAGAAGAAUCCCAAUCAAACUCAUAUCCAAGCAGCCCCUAAGGAGCAAACCUCCACCCCGAACACAGAGACCCAGCAGCAGGCCAAUCAAAAGUGAGCCUGGAGAUGACGAUACCUUUGUCUUCAAACAAGAGGAGCGCUUUGAUUGUGGAGCUAAAGCUGGUGAUGUGUUUGCAACUCAGAGGAGAUUCCCCCAACAGAUGUUUUGGGAUUAUAAGCUAAAUUUGAUUGGAGAAAGGGAUGAAGUACCAAUUCACUUCUGUGAUAAAUGCGGUCUUCCUAUCCAGCUCUAUGGACGGAUGAUCCCCUGCAAGCAUGUUUUCUGCUACGACUGUGCUUUGCUCCAUGAGAAGAAAGGAGAUAAGAUGUGCCCUGGACUCACCAUGUAUAACUGCACAGACCCCGUGCAGCGCAUCGAGCAGUGCCAGCGUGGCUCCCUCUACAUGUGCAGCAUUGUGCCCGGGUGUAAACGCACCUACCUGUCUCAGCGUGACCUGCAGGCUCAUGUCAACCACCGCCACCUGAGGGCAGCCAAGUCUGGAAGCCGCCAGGACCCGGUCCACCUGCCUCCUUCAUCUGAGAUUCCUGAACGGUUCCGUGUGCCUCCACCUCACCUCCCAAAGAACCACGUCCACCUCCCCAACCCACUCCAGCACAGCGGCCAUGACCCCUACAGUCAGCCACCUCCUCCCUCUGCUCAUGAAGCCCCGCCACCAAACUCUGGUCUCGGCCCAGAAACAUUCCGCAUCGCCACGGUAACAACACGUAAACACAGUAAUCUUAUCACUGUGCCCAUCCAAGAUGACUCCUCCUCACGGGAGCCGCACUCUGGUGGACCAGGCCCUGCUCAGCCCCCCCACCACCACCCUGGGGAAUAUCCUGGCCAGCCACCUGUAGUGACCCACACUCACCACAUGAUGGCACCACCACAACAGCACUUUGGCCCCCCACCACCCCCUCCUCCUCCCAUCAACCACCCCAUGCAGCAUCCUCCCCAAGGCUCUGGGACACCACACAUGGUGUACAACCAGGCCCCGCCUCCCCCCAUGUCCACAGCUCCGCCACCAAUUACCCCGCCUCCAGGGCACAUUAUGGGUCAGUUGCCACCUUAUUUGAACCACCCACCCCCAGGACCUCCACCACAACACAGUGGUCCCCCUGUCAAUGCCCCCCCUCCUCAUCAUUACAAUCCAAACUCCAUGCAACAGUUCCCUGAAGACCAGGGAACCCUCAGCCCUCCUUUCAGCCAGCCAGGAGGGCUGAGUCCUGGGAUGUGGCCAGCUCCAAGAGGGCCCCCUCCUCCACGUAUGCAGGGUCCCCCUCCCCAGGGCCAGAUGCCUGGUCCACACCACCCGGAUCAGGGCCGCUAUCGGCCUUAUUAUCAGUAAACUGCCUACUGACUGAACAGGCAGCAGUCUGUUUGCGUCUGAUUAAUGUGAUAGUAAACCUCAGGGUUCCAGGAUGUAGGACUUUUUCAUUUGGAUAAAACUGCCCCAAAGUAAAUGUGUCCGUGCUGCACAUUUAGUUAAGUGUACUGAACUUCCCGCUGAACAAACAAUAGACUUUGAGAAGUACAGGAAGGUCCCUUUUUUUUAAUAGCGUAUGGUAAAUAUUUCUGUAUAUAUGUCGGCUGAUUACACACAGAUGUACUGUACAUUGAAAGACGUCAACUAUGUCUCAAUAAAUUUUUAACAGCA